CGAGAAAUAACGGGCUAAAGCCGGCGGAUUUAUCCCGGGUUAUAUCUGCGGAAGAUGGUGGCUAAACAGAGGAUCCGCAUGGCCAACGAGAAACACAGCAAGAACAUCACGCAGAGAGGAAACGUGGCCAAGACGCUGCGACCACAAGAGGAAAAGUAUCCUGUGGGCCCCUGGCUGCUCGCCCUCUUUGUAUUUGUUGUGUGUGGAUCAGCCAUAUUUCAGAUCAUUCAGAGCAUUCGCAUGGGGAUGUGAUUCAGAAGGAGCCUCCGGACCCCUGCCCCACCCCCCCAUACCCUCACUGAGCCUGGUCACCCCUCGAGAGGCCCAGAGACUGACAGCA